GCGUGAACCGUAAACCAGUCAACGUUAGCCAUUAAAUAAAUAAAGUAAGCAAUCGAGACGUAAAUGAAAGCUGGUGUUUGUGUAAAUAUAAUAUAGACGUAUUACCUUUAUUUUUUCAGUUUUUAAAGGUGAAUCAAGUUGGUACUGUAAAUUCGUUUAGUGUUUUGUGUAACGUAAGCAUCCAGAGUUGUGUAGUGAAUAGUUAAGAAGUGCUGGUUAUUAAUCAUCUUUAAGGAGUAAUACAGCCAUGACGAUGACUACAACUCUCACGAUGGGUGACCAGUUUGGACUCAAAUGGGAUCCGAAAAACCUAGAAAUAAGGACCAUGUCAGUGGAAAAAACUCUGGAGCCUUUGGUACUUCAGGUGACAACUCUAGUGAACACCAACGGCCCUUCGAAGAAAAAGAAGGGCAAGUCCAAGCGAGCCAAUGCUUUAGUGCAGACGGUUGAAAAAGCAACGGAGAAUUUCAUCGAGAAAGGUGAACAGAUCGCCUACGAAAAUCCUGAUAUUACCCAGGAAAUGUUGGCUGCUGUUGAUGAAGUCAGGAAAACUGGUACUCAGAUGAGCAGAGAUGCUCGCGAAUUCUCUGAGGACCCUUGCUCUUCGAUAAAGCGUAGCAAUAUGGUAAGGGCAGCUCGAAAUCUGCUAUCAGCAGUGACUCGUCUGCUUAUCCUAGCGGACAUGGUGGAUGUCCAUCUUUUGCUCAAGUCCCUUCACAUCGUGGAAAACGAUCUGGAGAAACUGAAAAUGGCUUCAAGCAAUGAUGAGUUGCUUAAUAACAUUGAAACAUUCAGACACAACGCUAAUGAGCUGAUGAAUCAAGCUGCUAAAAGGCAGCAAGAGCUCAAAGAUCCACAUCUCAGGGAUGAUUUAGCUGCAGCAAGGGCAGUGCUCAAGAAACAUUCGACUAUGCUGCUCACAGCCUCAAAAGUUUAUGUUCGUCAUCCGGAACUUGCCGCAGCCAAAGCCAACAGAGACUAUGUUUUAAAACAGGUGUGUGAAGCAGUAAAUACGAUUAAUGAUGUGGCACAAGGCCGGGCCCCUCCAGCUGCAGGACCUUAUGAUGGGCCAGGGGAAUUAGCUGCAGCACUUGACGACUUUGAUGAGCACAUUGUUAUUGAACCUCUUGCAUAUAAUGAGGUGCAUACUAGACCGUCUUUGGAGGAACGUCUGGAAAGUAUAAUCAGUGGUGCUGCGUUGAUGGCAGAUUCCAGUUGCACUCGAGACGAUAGACGGGAGCGCAUUGUUGCUGAGUGCAAUGCAGUUCGUCAAGCUCUCCAAGAUUUGCUUUCUGAGUAUAUGUCUAAUCAGUUGGAGGUGCUUCGGGGAAUCACAGGCCGGAUGGGCAAUAAAGAUAAAACCGAGAGCUUGGGUAAAGCUAUUGAUAACAUGAAAGGGAAAACAAAAGAUCUCAGGAGACAGCUGAGAAAAGCUGUUGUGGAUCAUAUUUCCGACAGUUUUAUGGAAACGAGCAUCCCACUGCUGAUUUUAAUCAAAGCAGCGCAAAAUGGCGAUGAGAAGCAAGUGGAGGAAUAUGCAGGAGUCUUCACGGAGCAUUCCAACAAAUUAGUCGAAGUAGCCGCCUUGGUUUGCAGCAUGUCAAGCCAUGAAGAUGGCGUUAAAAUGGUACGUUAUGCUGCUGCCCAAAUCGACUCGCUGUGUCCGGAAGUAAUCAACGCAGCCAGAAUUCUAGCUGCUAGACCCAGAAGUAAGGUCGCUCAAGAAAACAUGGAUGCCUUUCGACUUACGUGGGAAAAUCAGGUGCGUAUCUUGACCGAUGCCAUUGACGAUAUUACAACAGUAGACGACUUCCUGGCUGUGUCGGAAAAUCAUAUUCUGGAAGACGUAAACAAGUGUGUGUUAGCUUUGCAAGAAAAUGAGGCAGACACUUUGGAAAGAACUGCAGCUGCAAUUAGGGGACGCACUGGUAGGAUCGGAGUAGUGGUCGCAGCAGAAAUGGACAACUACGAACCUUGCAUUUAUACGAAACGUGUGUUGGAGGCGGUUAAGGUUUUAAAUGAUCAAGUAAUGCCAAAGUUCACCCAAAGAGUUCAAGUAGCGGUCCAGGCCAUUGUGAACAGCCAACAGGGACAACCUUCGAAGGAGUUGGAUGAAAACGAAUUUAUUGACGCUUCGCGCUUAGUAUAUGAUGGUGUACGGGAAAUUCGCAGAGCCGUUCUAAUGAACAGAGCCGAUGAAGAUUUGGAUCCUGAGGAUGUAGAGUUGGACGAAAACUACACUCUGGAAACGAAGAGUAAAUCGAGUGCUCAUACUGGUGAGCAUGGAGUAGAUGAGUACCCAGAAAUUAGUGGAAUUACCACUGCUCGUGAGGCCAUGGGUAAAAUGCCGGAAGAAGACAGGAAGAAAAUUCUUCAACAAGUGGAAUACUUUAGAAGUGAAAAGUUGAAAUUCGAUCGAGAAGUGGCUAAAUGGGACGACACAGGCAACGAUAUUAUUGUCUUAGCAAAACACAUGUGUGUCAUCAUGAUGGAAAUGACGGAUUUCACGAGAGGUAGAGGCCCUCUGAAGACCACUAUGGAUGUAAUAAAUGCAGCGAAGAAAAUUUCGGAAGCCGGUACAAAGCUGGAUAAACUGACUAGACAGAUAGCUGAGCAAUGCCCUGAGAGUUCUACCAAGAAAGAUUUGUUGGCGUACCUUCAAAGAAUUGCAUUGUAUUGUCAUCAGAUGAAUAUUACUUCUAAAGUCAAGGCGGACGUCCAAAAUAUCAGUGGUGAACUAAUUGUGUCUGGACUCGAUAGCGCCACGUCUCUAAUUCAAGCUGCCAAAAAUCUGAUGAACGCUGUUGUCUUAACAGUUAAAGCUUCGUAUGUUGCUUCUACCAAAUACCCAAGACAAGGAACUGUUGCGUCGCCAAUUGUUGUAUGGAAAAUGAAAGCACCGGAAAAGAAACCAUUGGUGAGACCUGAGAAACCCGAAGAAGUUCGUGCCAAAGUUCGCAAAGGUUCACAGAAGAAACUGCAGAAUCCAAUCCAUGCCCUUUCAGAAUUCCAAAGCCCCACCGAAUCAGUAUAGAUUUCUACAAAACCCUACAUUUUGGUAACUAACUGUUUUGUGACCGACAAAGUGUCGAGUGGUAGAUGUGGAGGUUACUAGCCAUUGCUAGGAUAUCUUCUUUAAGGCUAUGCGCUCACCAGUAAUAGAAUUUCCGUGCAUUUCUGGCAGUGAAUCACAGAAAAUCUACUUCUUGUAUUUCUUUCAGACUGCACAAAAUUGGAUAGAUCCUAUUCUCUGAUGGCAGAAGGUAAUUUUGAUUUUAUAAAACUUUAUCUGAGUACUCUUAAACUGAGCAACAAUAGUUCAUAAAUGUAAGAUUUUUCAGGUGGCUGCAAUUGAUUUUCAAAUUUAAAUUAAAUUUCUUACAACCUCUAAACCUUCUAGUUUAGAAUGCUUCAAGUUUUUUUUUAGUUUGAAAUAUGAAGAUAUCUCAAAUCUCAACAAGCACGUACUGGUAUUUUUUGAGCGUAUAGCCUUAAACAGACAUUGUGUAGCAAUCCGUAUAAACAUUAGUUGGGUAUUGUACAUUUGGGUUUCAUUCAUUUAAGCAGUAGAUAUAAGUCUUAAAACAAUAUUUAUUCGUAAAGUCGUUUAGGAUUUAGCUCGAGACUGAUAAAUCCGGAACGAAUUUGAAUACCUCUUCAGUAUUCCAUAUAUUCGAUGCUUUUAUCGAUUACAUCGUACAUUUUUCACUGAACUUGGGAGGUUUAUUCUGUAUUUUAUACAAACGCAUUUAGAAUCGUAAAAACAAUUUUGUUCGGUGUGCACGACGUGUAGUUAACCGAACAAGUCGAAUUUAUGAUCAGGUUGUCUCCCAAUAAAUUAUACAAAUUAACGUUCCACUAUGUUCGUCUAUACAGGAAAGCUUAGUUAUUUUUAUUGAACGUUUAUUUUAUACUGUAUUAUUUACACAAAAUAAAAUUGUAUUUGAAUAAA